UUUGUCUGUGCUCCAGAAAUCUUGUGUGUUAUGCUCAAGUGACCCUGGGCUUAAAACACUGGAGAGUAGAUGUGGGAAUCCAGCCCAGAGCCCUGGGUCAAGAGCAGUAAAUCUAAGCUGUCCUGCACACUGGUGGCUUCUCUGUUGUCUGAAGCUUCUUGGCAAUUCUCAACAUACAGAUCAUCUCCUCUGCAUACCCUUAUCCUGACUUCAAAGGAAAGCCUACUCAGCUCUAACAGCAAAGAGCCCUUGCUGUGGACAGGGAAAGGAAAACUGCCUGCUGAGUACAGCUGGGGCAUGAACAUGGUCGAGUGGCUCAAGGAUAGCCACCAUGCUUGCUAACUUGUUAUCCAGUAGGUCUGCAUAUGGUUUUAUCUAGCAGAAAAUGCACUGGCAACUUGAGGUAGCUCAUCCAUCAGGGAAAGAGGUGGAGAUGGGAUUGCAGUCAACAAGAUUUUAUUAAACUCCUAUUCUCUUUUUGGCAGAUGGAGUACCUGACUCCUGACUAGAGCGUGUCCCUGUCCCACCACAGACACAUCUGCGCGCAUGUACACAGAUGGUGUGUCCUACCCUUGCUAGGGCUUGACUCGCAGCAAGAACAGGGUUUAGCUUCUGGGAGACUUGGUUGAACACAGGCUCAAGGUCCUGUGCUUUCCUGCCUGCGGAAGGGAAUAUUGCUUGUCUAGUCAUGCAAUGAGCUACACUGCCCUGCUAACGCUUGACAGUCAGGUGCUCUGUAGCUAAGCCUCUUUUGAGGAUGAGGGCAAAGGAGAAGUGAAAGAGUAAAACUAUAAAAUUGCUUCUUCCUCAAGGCUUUUCUGAAAAAGCAUAGAAAUGCUGCUCUUACAGUCUGAGGAGGACUGUCAAGGAGCUAACUGACAUUCCCAAAGCUUCUCUCCUUACUAUGGUCAAAUUUAACUCUCUUGGAACAGAACAGAAGAAUUUAAGUUAGACAGGACCUCUGGAGGCCAUCUGGUCCAACCCUUGCUCAUGGCACAACUAAUCUCAAAGCAAGGUCAGGCUGCUCAUGCUAUUGUCCAGUUGAAGUAUGGAGACUCAACCUGCUCCCUGGACAGCCUGUUCCAGUGUUCCCCCACUCUUCCUGUGGGAGAUUUAGGUCAGUGUGGUGCUAUUGCUUUCAGGGUUUCCAGAGCCUCAGACCAGCACGUUUACAUUUGGUUUAGUUUAUCCAAAAGGUAGUGCUUCCCCUGUGAGACGCAAGUUUAAUUAUGGCUCAACUACUAGGCUAUUGCAAAUAGGUUUGCUUGUUUAACUAUGGUUUCUGAUGAAGGUCACCUGGAAGCUCUAUGUAGCAAUAUGCAAUUACCUGGGCUUGAGCAAGGUGCCCCACAGCAUGGAUGCCAGUGCUGGCAAUGUACCAUGCCAUAACAUGCCAUCCCACUACCUGCCUGCCUUCUGAUCCAGUGGCUACACCGGCACAGUACACCUGGCUGCACUUUGCAUGGGUCUCUGCAAAGCACUCUGGCUAGAGGCUGCGGUAUCAAAUAUGACUGUCGGAUUUUAACAUGCCUCAAAGAAGGGACUCAGGAUGUGGCUUUACUGAAACGUACCUCAAUUUUUUUCUUCUCCCUCCACUCCUUAUAAAUAAGAAACAUUUAGGACAGUUUUACUGAUUAAAAUUAGCUACAUUCUAGUUAAUGGGAUUAGGAAUUGGUUGUUGCCAGAAGCCCUAUUUCUACAGGGGAGAAGAGUACUCGAGGAGGAAAAUGUUCUGCUACAGAUGUUCCCUGGUGAUUUAGUGUGGUGGAACAAGCAGGCGCAGCCCCAAACACCCUGUACUGAAUGAGGGCAGUGCCAGAGGAGAUGGAGCAUCCUGUGCCCCAGCUUUGCUAGGCCUUUGACCACAGCAUACAGCAGAGAAAUCACAGACAGCAAACUAAAGGGUGCUCAAACACCUCUUGUGGCUUUGCCACAAAGGGAGAUGCAGUCUCAUCUAUUCCACAUAUUGUUAUGAACUAAGCUAAAGAUUUCUUGCCCAGCUUGUGUCCUGACCUUUGCUUUUGAAGGCAUGUAGUGUUCACUCAGACCUUACCUGGCUGGCCAUGAAUGAAAACAGAUACUUCACGCAGACCUAGACAUGCAAGUUAACUGUGCUGUCUUCUGUAAAGAGGAUUGUUACGAACUUGCUGUAACCCAUUUUCCUCGAUAUCUUCUGUGGGCUUUUACAUAAGAGGACAUGAAUAUUUCAGAUGCAAUUAUUGUACUUAAAGAUUAGGUAAUCUCUGAUAUCUAUUGAUACCUUCCCCAUCUCCAGGUGCGGGUUAAGGAUUUUACAUUAAUCUAUUCAGUGAAGACUCUUACAGAAGUGAAGCGCAGCAAAUGACCUGCUUUAUACCGCCCCGUGAGGGCUAAGAAAGGUUCACUACAGCUCACCUCCCUUCUGUUUGUUGUACAGCACUUCUCUCUCUGACAGUGGUUCAGCUCCUGAUGGAAGAGCAAAACAUUGUCACAGAGGUCCCAGCAACCCUAAAGCGCCUGGCCAAAUAUAUAGUGCGUGGUUUCUAUGGAGUAGAGUACUCCCUGGCCCUUGAUAUACUGAUCCGCUACCCCUGUGUGAAAGAGGAUGACUUGUUACAGUUGCUCAAGUAUGAACGUAAACAACUGCGUACUAUCCUCAACACGCUCAAGGCAGACAAGUUUGUGAAGCUGCGCAUGCGAGUUGAAACGGGGCCUAACGGGAAGAGCACCAGGCACAAUUACUAUUACAUCAAUUACAAGGUGCUGGUGGAUGUGGUAAAAUACAAACUGGAUCAUGUACGCCGGAAAAUAGAAGCAGAUGAGCGGGAUUCAACUACCAGGUCCUCUUUUAGAUGUCCAUCUUGCUCCAGCGCUUACACGGACCUGGAAGUCAAUCAGCUCUUUGAUGUAUUUACAGAGACUUUCCGCUGCACUUACUGCAACACUGAAGUUGAGGAAGAUGCCUCAGCACUUCCUAAGCACGACGCUCGAACCUUGCUAGCAAAAUUCAACGAGCAGAUUGAACCUAUCUUUGUGCUGCUGCGUGAGACUGAAGAUAUUGUUCUGCCAUACCACUUGCUGGAGCCUCAGCCAAUGGAAAUACCAGAAUUAUCAGAAAGCUUUGAUCAGAAAGUGGGGUCAAGUGUGCUGGAAUCCUGCAGCCGACCUGAAAAAUGGGCUGACAGAAGUUCCUCUUCUGGCAACAUGUACACCCAAAACUUAGUUAUUGAUGUCCAAGACUCUGAGUCCAAGAAGAAAAUAAUAAGAGAAAAAGCAACUAAAAAGCAACCUAUCUGGAUGUCACAGAGCACUGUGGAAGGAGCAACAACAUGCACCAACAAUAGUGUUGGAGUAAAUGCUUCUGAAGAAACUGAAGAAAGUGUUAAAGAAACCAUCACUGAAAAUGAAAUCAUCAAGACUCUUCUGAUCCAUGAAUCAAAGUCAUUGUCUAGCACAGACCAGGCUCCUGUGGUCAGAAGCAAACUACCUGAAUCAGGCAGUGAUACCAGUGAGUCUGAGGAAGAUGGCAAGCAAUCAAGAGCAGGAAUGGAAGUAGCAGGCAGCAACUUCAAACAAGAGGAGGAAGAGGAAACACAAGGUCCUAUUUUAAUGGUAGCUGGUCAGCCUCAUUCAUACGGCGAAGUUAGUGAAAAUCCAGAGCUUGUCUCUCUCAUGACAAAUGAAGAGAGAGAAGCUUAUAUAAAAGUAGGGCAAGAAAUGUUCCAGUCUGUCUUUGAAUAAAUACUGCUAUGUGAAUACGCAAACUUGUAUGGAACAGGUGAAGGCUUCUUUUGAAAUAAGACAGUUCGUCUAAUAGUUUAACUUAUGUUCUUCAAAGUUUACCACUGAAGGUUAAGUUUUGUUUGAACUCCUUGCUGUUAUGCAAGAUAGUAAUCCUGUAGUAGGUAACUACAGUUCAAAAUACUGGCAUUGCAGCAAAAGCAACCCACAGUUACUAUGGGUUUUCUGUUGUCUUAAUGCUUAGACUUUGUGAAUGCUGCAAUAGGUUUUGGAGCCUGAAUUCCUUCAGGAUACAAUGGAAUCUGAUUAAAAUAAAGUUUCAAAAGCAAUGUUACAA